GGCGCGACAGCCGCCGGAGCAGACGGCAACGGUUGAUGGCCUCUUGCCUGUGACGCUUUGCUCCUCUCCUCGAUUGCUCGUCCUCUAUCCGAUCGCUCGUGAGAUCAGCUUGCCACGCACUGCGCACCGUCGCGGGCUGAGGAAGGCGCGACCCAAUAUACCCGCGAGCCACGGAACCUCAGAUAUCCUACUUCGCACCCUGCGCCCGCAGCCUUUGCUCGUCCACUCUCUCUCCGUCUCCGCGCCUCGACUGCGUGCGCCAGUCGUCCCCCGUACCGCAGCCAUCCAUGUCUCGCCGGGAAGAGCCUGCCUGCUAACACCGCUCCCAACGACCGCAAUUCCCACCGGCAAUGGCGUCCAGCCUGCAGCAUCUGGCUGCCACCGUGACCGACCGCUGCAAGACGCUGAUUAAUAACGACCUGAAGAAGAUCCUGAAAGAGGAGGGCCUUUCGCAGACGGGGAACAAGGCCGCCCUGCAGGCCCGCGUCUUCGCCCUCAUCGACAAGGCCGCAACGUAUGGCAGUGCCGAAACGCUGCGCCGCCUGCAGUUCCGCGUCCAGAACCACGGCGAAGCGCCCACACCGCAGAGCAGCAGCAGUCCCACCGCGCCGUCGUUCCCCAACCCGCCGCCAGCCGCCAUGAACGGGCGCGCUCAGCCGAACGGCUACGCGAGCAGCACCCAGUUCGGCGCCCUGCAUCAGCCACUCCCCGCCCGAUCUGCUGCACCCGCCUUCUUCUUCAGGGACAGCCCGUUCUUCGAGGUCCGCGAGCUGAUCCUGAGCAACAUGACACUCGAAGCAUCGCCGAGCCACCGCCAAAACUGCACCCGGAAUCUCAUCAUCAACGAGGCCGUGAACGCGCGCAUGAAGGCCGACCCGACAUUGCGGCUGCUGCUGUUCUCAUCACUCGAAGCGCCGCUGCCGCCCUAUGCCCGGACGGACAUCACCUUCCCCGCCCAGCUUGAGGUCCGCAUCAACGGCGACGAGGUCAAGGCAAACUACAAGGGCCUCAAGAACAAGCCCGGCUCGACGCGGCCUGCAGACAUUACCGACUUUGUCCGCAUCUCGCCUGCCAACUACCGCAACAACCUCGUCGUCACGUACGCUCUCACUCACAAGAAGUACAAUCUGUUUGUCUACAUGGUGAAGAAGCACUCGGCAGCAGAUCUCGUACACAAGAUCGUCAGCAAGCAGGUCAUUACGAAGCAGUCGGUGCUGAACGAGAUGAGGGCGAAAGCUGCCGACCCUGACAUUGAAGUCGGGUCGAGUGUCAUGUCGCUGAAGGACCCCAUCUCCACAUUGCGCAUCAACAUACCCUGUCGAUCCACAAUCUGCACGCACAACCAGUGCUUCGACGCCGAAUCGUUCCUGCAGCUGCAAGAGCAAGCGCCCACGUGGAUCUGUCCCAUCUGCAGCAAGACUGUCCACUUCAACGGCCUCGCCGUGGACCAGUAUGUCGAGGAGAUUUUGGCCAAGGUCAGAAACGCGGACCAGGUCACAAUAUCCCCCACCGGUGAAUGGUCGACCAAGAAAGAGGCGACGCCACCGAGGAAGAAUGGGAACGCCGCUGCAGCAGACGACAGUGACGACGACCUGAUUGAAAUCCCCGACUAUCGCGUCGCCUCGAUCCAGAGCCACCUGGCACAGUCACCCAACUACCUCAGCACCCCACCGAUGCCGUCCAGGGAACCGUCGACAGUGCCGCGAUCAGGGACGAAGCGCACAUCAGAGGUGGUGGACCUGACGCUCAGCGAUGACGAUGAGCCUCUACGGCCCGCCAAAAAGGCAAGGUCUGAAGCGUCAUAGUACGGUUCUUCGCCUAACACGUCGUAUAUCUCGCC